AUGGUAAAUAAUACUCCCUCUGGUCAAAAUAAUAAUAACAAUGACAAUGAUGCUACUACGAGCACGGGUAACAUCAAUGAACUUCUAAAAAGAAUAACAUCAAUAAACCAACAAGACUAUACUGCAAAAGAAAAAACGUUUGAUAAUACUCAUCCUAUUAAUAUUAAUGCCAAUUCUACACAACCAACGCCAUCAUUUUCCUCUCAAACAAUAAAUAAUUCUAUAACUCCACAACAAUUAAAUCAACCCAAUCUUAUACAUUCUCCAAAUAAUAACAACCAAAAUAUUAUGAAUUCUACAAAUACACCUGUUGUUGUUGCCAAUAAUAAUGUUGCUCGUAAUCUUAUAAACCAACAAAAUUAUGUCAGACCAGCUUUAAAUAAUCAAUUAAACUCUCGUUCAAUGAUAAUUCCUACUCCUAAUUUACCAAUUCACGCGCAAAGACAAAGAACGGUUGUUCAACCACCCCAACAGCAAUCAACAAAUAAUAAUAUAAAUAAUGUUUCCAUACCUCAACAAACUCAACCAAGCGUCAAACAAUCAAAUGAAUUUGCUGUUGCUCGUGAUGUAAUUAGAGAACUUGAUGCUAAAACUCGUGAAAAAAGAGUAAUAGCACAUGAAAUUACCAAUCUUAGUGAUAAUGAGAAGGCAAAAAUUCGUGAGAAAUUUGAAUCACUAAAACCAAUGUUCCACAAUGCUGACAAAAUACUUCCUUACUUAUACCACCAUACUAAAUCUCAUACUGGCACACAAAAAUUUAUAAAAUUGAAAUACAUGAUCGAUGACCAAUUAAAAGCAUUACCUGGAAAAUACUUGUUUUCAUUAAAACAAGCAGAUGAUUUGAUGACAGCAUUUAGCAAAUACUUUGAGUUUGUUGAGGACGCCAAAAAAGGUGUCAAAAGAGAAUUAAAUACAAAUAACUUUAUGCCAGCAAGUGUCCAAAGCAUACCUCCUAUAGCCAAUAAAUCCAUGUCACUAACUCUUCCAAACAAGAAACGUGGACUUGAAAAUGAACAAGAAGAUAAAUCUUCUGGUUCACAUGAAAAUUUAAAUAAAAAAAGAAGGUCGGAGAUUCAUAUUACUGAUAGAAAUGAAAUCAAAAACAAUAAUUCUGAAAAUAUCAACAAUAACAAUAAUAGUAUUGACUUUGGGCAUGAUAACCCACCUAAAGAUUACGAUAAGGAACCAUCAUUUGAAGAAAUCUUUGAAACAAUAAGAAAUUUAUGGAGUACAACGAAAGACAUGGAUACUGGAAAAGCAGCUAAGGGAAGCGAAGAAAGUCAUCUUCCUUGUAGUACGCAUGUGGCAAUUAGUCCCGGUCUUGUUUGUAUUGGCAAGGCCUUGUCAAAAUCUGCUUGA